AGCCGCAGCGCCGCCGCAGCGCGCCCGCCGGAGCCUCGCUUCGGACCCGCCAUCAGCGCGCACCUCACCCUUGAGAAGCAGCGGCUCCUCUCCUGCCGCAGCGGGACCCAAAGAUGAAGCAGUUAUCUGUCCUGCCCCAGCAGUGUCUUUUGUUGGUGACAUGUCUCCUCAUGGCCUUGGAAGCUGUACCUAUAGACAUAGAUAAGACAAAAGUCAAAGCAGAAGGCCAUGUAGAAGGAGAGAAGGUGGAAAAUCCAGAUACAGGACUUUAUUAUGAUGAAUAUCUCAGGCAAGUAAUAGAUGUCUUGGAAACUGAUAAGCAUUUCAGGGAGAAACUCCAGACUGCUGACAUAGAAGAAAUAAAGAGUGGAAAGCUAAGCAGAGAGCUUGAUUUAGUAAGCCACCAUGUGAGAACACGGCUGGAUGAACUGAAAAGACAAGAGGUAGCAAGAUUAAGAAUGUUAAUUAAAGCUAAAAUGGAUUCUGUUCAAGACACUGGCAUAGAUCAUCAGGCUCUCCUUAAGCAGUUUGAGCACCUGAACCAUCAGAAUCCUGACACCUUUGAACCUAAAGACUUGGAUAUGCUGAUCAAAGCAGCUACAAGUGACCUGGAAAACUAUGAUAAAACUCGCCAUGAGGAGUUUAAGAAAUAUGAGAUGAUGAAAGAACACGAGAGGAGAGAGUAUUUAAAAACACUGGAUGAAGAAAAGAGGAAGAAAGAAGAAUCCAAAUUUGAGGAGAUGAAGAAAAAACACGGAGAUCACCCUAAAGUUCACCAUCCUGGAAGCAAAGAUCAACUGAAAGAGGUGUGGGAAGAAGCAGAUGGACUAGAUCCUAAUGAAUUUGACCCCAAAACAUUUUUCAAAUUGCACGAUGUCAAUAAUGAUGGUUUCCUGGAUGAGCAAGAAUUAGAAGCUCUAUUUACUAAAGAGUUAGAAAAAGUUUAUGACCCCAAGAAUGAAGAGGAUGACAUGGUUGAAAUGGAAGAAGAAAGGCUGAGAAUGAGAGAACAUGUAAUGAAUGAGGUUGACAUCAACAAGGACCGGCUAGUGACUUUGGAAGAAUUCCUUCGAGCUACAGAGAAAAAGGAAUUUUUGGAGCCAGAUAGCUGGGAGACACUAGAUCAACAGCAGCUCUUCACCGAGGAUGAGCUGAAGGAAUUUGAAAAUCACAUUUCCCAGCAAGAAGAUGAACUUAGAAAGAAGGCAGAAGAACUUCAGAAACAGAAGGAAGAGCUACAGAGGCAGCACGAUCAGCUUCAGGCUCAGAAACAAGAGCUGCAGCAGGUUGUAAAACAGAUGGAACAAAAGAAACUACAGCAAGGAAAUGCUCCUGCAGGACCAGGUGGAGAACUGAAAAUCCAACCCCCUGGUGAACACAAAGCUGGAGAUGCAGCACAGCAGCCAGCAGGAGGGGACCAGCCUUUACCACCAGGACACGUCCCAGAGGCAGCUGUCAGAACUGAUCAACUGCACCCUUAACCACUUGUGCCUCAACUUUAUAGCAUCUUUAUUA